CCCCUCAUGAGAAAAGGAGAGGUAGCAAUAAAACAGUCAUUAUCAGUCAACAGAGACGGACAGAGUAGGAGACAGGGACAGAGAGAAACACAGAGGUUUUAGAUAUUAAAAUAUAAAACAGCUCUAUUGUAGAAAACAGUCUUGUUUGUAGAUGAAGCAUGGCUUUUGGGUGUAACGGAUAAAUAUAAAAACUGUGCCAAGAGGUGUUUACUCCGACCACAAACCGGUUUGAUAAUGGAGAAAGUUUUGCAUUUAGUAUUGCUGUCUAUGGUUCCUGUAUUGGGACAAGUACCUGUACCUGAUGUUGGCAAUGUUUCAGUAAUUUCCCGAACAGAGACUGAGUUAACUUUAGAAUGGAGUAUAGUCGGAAACAAUACUGAUUACUCUUAUGUGCUGAAAAGCAGCACUGAAAAAGAGACGAAUAUCAGUGCACCACUCACUGGUACUGAUGUGAGACAUAAUGUCUCUUCUCUGUCUGCUGGCACUUAUUAUUCAUUUACUCUCUACACUGUGUUAAAUGAAAACAGGAGUAGUGGAUAUGACUUCUCUGCUGUGACAGCUCCUCCUAAUGUUGAUGACAUUACAGCGAUUGACCAAACAGAGACUGAAAUUAAAUUACAGUGGGAUAUAGUCAAUGGAAACAAGAAUUACUCUUAUGUGCUAAAAAACAGCAAUGGAGCAGAGUCUGACAUCAGUGCCCUAGAAAAUAGUGCUAAAGUGACAUAUGAAGUCCGUCUGCUGUCUCCUGGGACUAAAUAUUCAUUUACUCUCUACACUGUGUAUGAAACAGUGAGAAGCAGUGGAUAUAACUUCUCCAGUGCGACCAUCCCAUCCAAUGUUGCUGAAGUGUCUGUGGUGAACCGUAAUGACAGUUAUUUGAUCUUACAAUGGAGGAUUGUAACAAAUGGAGACGACAGCACAUAUAACUACUCUCUGGAAUACAGAAAUGAAUCAGGGGUGGAAACCAUUAUUAUAAUUCCAGACGGGAAUUCUACAGUAGAAUGUAAUAUAUCAGGUUUAAUUCCUGCAACAAAUUACAGCUUCACUCUCUACACCAUAUUUGAUGACUUGAGAAGUAAAGGAUUUAACUUCACCAACUCGACAACUCUAUCUGAAGUAACUCAGGUGAGAGUGACAGAUCGCUCACAGACAUAUUUGGCUAUUGAAUGGGAUAAGCUGAACAAAAACAACAUCUACAACUACACUUUGAGUCAAAGUGAUGGAAAAGAGAUGGAACAUUUUUCUGGAGAUAACAAUGAUGACGUUAUUAAAUAUAAUCUAUCCAAUCUCACCCCGGGAACAGAAUAUAAAUUUACUCUCUUUACUGUGGUAAAAGACACCAAGAGUGCAGGAUACAACUUUACGCAUGUCACCACUAUUGACUGUGAACUCUUUGACUGGCAAGUCACCAACUCAUCAAUAAAAGCUGAAGUGAAUGGCAGCACAGAUGUCACAGCUAGAAACAGCACCGGCGGUGAAGUGAAAGGAACUUUUGAGCAAAAUCACGUGAAUCUUACAGAGCUUGACCCUGGCGCAAAAUACACUGUUUUACUGUGGUAUGACUUAGAGUCACAGAAGCAUCUACAAUGCUCAAAAACUUUGACAUUAGAUCCUAAUAGUGUAUCUAGUCUGCACUGUAAUCACAUCUCUGGGGGAUAUGGUCUGGCUGUGGUGUGGGACACAUCUGGAAUUGUGGAUAAAGUGCAGGUGGAUGUUGCAGGAAAAAGUUUCAACCAAUCUGAGAGUAAACUGGAGGUAAAGGGACUGCAAGUUGCAAAGUGGUACAAAGUGUCAGCGACAUCAUUCUCUGAUGACAGGAUGGGUCCUACAGUAUCAGUCAACUGUCAAACUGACCCAGCAGGAGUUAUAGCAGGUGUUCUUGUGUCUCUCCUGUUAAUCAUCAUUAUUUUUGCUGGUAUCUUUUUAUGGCGCCGCAAGCUGAAGCAUGCUGGAGGGUCUAAAAGACAUGACGAGCCAAAAAAAACUAACAGCACAUACAAACCUUUUCCUAUGGAGAGAUUUCCAGAACAUUUUCGAAACAUGAGUCGUGAUCAGAACAGAGGUUUCAGUGAGGAAUAUGAGGACUUAGGCGUAGUGGGUGUAGAACAAUCGAAAACUACAGCUGAAAUGCAUGAAAACAAGAGCAAAAACCGAUUCACCAAUGUUUUACCUUAUGAAUGUUCAAGAGUACAUCUAUUAAUAAAUAAUGAGGAUGAUUCUGAUUAUAUAAAUGCCAACUACAUGCCUGGUUAUGGCAACGCGAGUAGACAGUACAUUGCUACUCAAGGUCCACUCCCCUCUACAGUCAAUGAUUUCUGGAGAAUGAUCUGGGAGAGAAGAUCACAGGGCAUUGUUAUGGUAACCAACUGCCUUGAAAGAGGAAUUGUUAAAUGUGAGCAGUACUGGCCAUUGGAUUACACACCCUGUCUCUACGGAUAUUUGCUUGUCACAAUCACAUCUGAGGACAAAGCACAAUGCUGGACUUUGCGAGAAUUUGCUGUUAAAAAUAAAAACACCUCAGAGACACGGACGGUGAGGCAUUUCCACUUCACUGCGUGGCCAGAUCAUGGUGUUCCCUUAGGCACAGGGGAGCUGAUCCGAUUCAGAGGACUCAUUCGGCAGCACAUCGAGAGCACCCCCUCUUCAGGACCAACAGUUGUACACGGCAGUGCUGGAGUGGGCAGGACGGGUACACUGAUCGCCCUGGAUGUUCUGAUACAGCAGCUGGAAAGAGAGAAGGCAGUGAGCAUUGCAGGAUUUGUACAGAGAAUGAGACUUAACCGGCCACUCAUGGUUCAAACUGAGUCUCAGUACGUCUUCCUGCACCAGUGCAUCAUGGAUAUCCUGCAAUCUAAAGACAUUCCUCAACCAGAAGAUUCUAUCUAUGAAAACGUCUCGGUUACGUAUGUAACCCUCGUUCCCUGAAGGAAGGGAACGGAGACGUCACGUCGUGACCGACGAAUUGGGAAUUGGGAACCCCUCCGCGGUGGCAAAUCUA